AUCGAUUUAAAAGCACAAAUAUUUAUACGUAACACAAUUUAGAAUAAUCAUUUUAUGUUUAGUGGGUUAUUUGUCAACAUGUUUGAUAACAUCAGCUGAUUUAACCGAGUCCCUUAAAUUCACUUGUCGAUCUCCAAUUUAAUGUAACAGAAGUGAGUGAAAGAAACAUUAUUCAAAGAAAGUGUAUUUUUUAUAUAAAACUAAAAUAUUCAGCUUUUAAACAAUGGCACUCUUUGAGUUGAAAUGGCUGCGACGUUGGGUACGUAGGCAUACAAACCCCAUACCGCAGGACAAUGCACUUCUGUGGAAAAGACGCCUAAGUGUCGCUUAUGCACUACUCGCAUGGAAUGCUUUUGGGUUUGUUUGCUACAUGGUCUAUACCGGUCGAAAUGAUUGGGCGAAGUAUUAUGGUUAUAAGAGUGAAGAGGAAGCUAAAUUAACACCAGCUCAGCAAUAUGCAACACAAUUGAAUGUGAAUAAAGGAAAAAUUAUACGUUUCUCAGGAUUUAAUGUUGUCGGCGAGUCGGAAUUUGAUAAUACAAAAGGAAAAGAUGAAUAGUUAAAUUUUGUAAUGCAAACAUCAAAGUUAUUAUAAAAUAAAAUAGAAGUUAAAAAUCUAUGAAAACCUACCUACAUAUAUAUUAUUUUGACAAUCAGAAGCAGAAGAAGAAGUGAACAGCUGGGGCUUAUUGUUUCAUAACAGAGUUGCUGUUUAUUAUAUUUGACAAGAAAUUUUCAGAUUUUAUUUAAAUUUAUAAAAAUUUUGGGAAUUGUGAAUAAAACAAUUAGAUAUUAUAAAUUUUAUUUCAAAUAUAUUGUUGAAUUGCUAAUAUGCGAAAAAUACAGUGAAUUUGCAUAAGCAUUUUGUUUUUGUUGAAACCGCAAGAUGGCAUUGUGAAAACAGCAGCUAACUUCGGUAGCUUGGCAUUUGUAAUACAUAAAAACGGCGGGCAAUAUUAUUAGUGGAACAAAACUUUACAACGUUUAUUAUUAUUUAUAUUUAAAAUUUAAAGUUAAAUGUAAGCAUGAACUGCGAAUUGUGCGGUUCAAGUCGUCGAGACAGUAUUAAAUAUGGCGAGUUUCUCACAAAAAAGGGAAAGGGCGUGCAUACCAAUUGUUUGUAUUUAUCUUCUGCCAUUGCACAAAAUGGUAAAGAUAACGAAGGAAUUUUGGGAUUUCUACCAAAUGAUAUUGCGGCAGAGCGAAAACGAGUAUCAACUGUUCGAUGCUGUUAUUGCGGAGAAGUGAUGGCCAACAUUGGAUGUUGUGAGAAUCGCUGUCGCGUGAAUUUUCACAUGAUUUGUGGUAUAGAAAAUGGUGCCAUGAAUCAAUUUAUUCAUAGUUUUCGUUCUUUCUGCCAUCGUCAUGUACGCAAAGUAAACUUUCGUCCAAAAAAAGACGAUGAGUGCUGUAUAUGCUUUGAAAAAAUCUUCAAUAAAAGCACACGCUUCAGUGCCGUCAAUAUGAUACGUGCACCAUGUUGUCGGAAUGGUUGGUUUCACAAAUUCUGUCUACAACAAUUUGCUAAAAAUUCAGGAUAUUUUUUUAAAUGUCCGCUUUGCAAUGAUAAUAAUAAUUUUAAACGAAAUAUGUCACUGAGUGGUAUUUUCGUGCAAGAGAAGGAUGCCGAGUGGGAGAUGGUUCCCAAUGCGUAUGCCGAACUGCUUGAGCGACCCAGUGUAUGUGUGGCGGAAACUUGUCAUAACACAAAGGGACGCACUCAAUCGCAGACCUCAAAUCCAUUCCUCUAUUGUGUAACAUGCGGUUCUGUAGCAAUGCAUCUUCAUUGUACGUCGCAACAAAGCCACACAUUUGAAUGUGACAAUUGCAAAAGCAUACUGCGUGCUGAUAGUGUGCGGGAAACUAUGGACGACCAACAACAUGGUAUAGAACAAACGGACGGUGAAGACGCAGAUAAAAGCGAAGAUGAAAACUUAGAUAUAGAUGUGUGUGGCAGUGCUAGCGAGGUAGAAGAUGAUUCUGUAAUAAUUCAACACCGAAAUAUUGAAAAUAAAAAUUCAACGCCAUCAAUGGAACUUGUUGAGGUUGUAAAUUACUCUGCUGAUAAGACGAUGGAUUGCGAAAUGCAAUGUGUUAAUUUGUGCAGCGAUGCUGAACGGCUAGUGAAUGCUGUUGAAGAGCAAAAUUCCAUUAAUAUGCAAGAAUACGAAAUUGAACACAAAGUUGGCGACGCGACGACAUCUGGUGCAGCAUCUCUACCCGCGUUUAAAGACCAGAAAUCGGAAGACGAUAGUAAAUCCACAACAUCAUACAAAUCAUCCGAAUGCUUUCAAGUUUUUGAGUAUGACGAUUGUAAUGACGCAGCUACCGUUAAUAUGAAAAACCGUGUGGGUAGCACAGAAGCAACGAGUUACAAAAGACCUUUAGAUAUAAGCUGUAUAGCGAAUCGUACGCGUCGCCGAUCAAUGAAAAAAAUCGAAGCUAAAACUGAAGUCAAAAGUAUUAGUGAAGAUGAUGAUGCCUAUGAACACAUUACUUUAAGCUCACAAAACUCAUACCAGCGGAGCCCAGGGCGUACUUUUUUUGAGUAUGAAUGUUAUGCAGACUCGGACAAUAAACGUGUUCAGCGAAAUGAAAAUGGUGAACAACAAAGCAGUUAUGGUGAGAAAUAUGGUAGUGGUUUGAUGACUUACUUCUAUCAACUGUUACAUGAAGUAAAGUUCAAUUCGCAAACUAAACAUAAACAAACUGAAAACAACAAUGUUGAAAAUGUGGACGAGAAAGAAGUAAAACCGGAUCCAUUGGACACAAGCUGCAUCGCGAAACGCACGCGGCAACGACUUAAUUCUGUAAAUGUAAUUGAUACAAUUAAAGAAAUAGACGGAGAAACACAGGACUUUAAAUCAACAGCUAAUAAUAGCAGCUUCACCAGCUCACAGGAUUCCUACAAGUCUUCUAUGUACUAUGGUAGUAGCAUUGAACGCCAAAAUGCAGCUGAUGUUAAAAAAAACUGCCACGAGACCGACACUGCCAGUACAGUAAAGCGAACUCUCAGUCGUAAGCGCAGUCACGACAGCGUAACAGAAAAUGCAACUGCUGACGCAGAAACCCGUACUAAUUGCAAAGCUAGAGCAUUAACGCCGAAUCAUGUACGCCCCUAUUCCAGUAAUGCGCUAACAUCUUCCGCUAUCAGACGCGCUCAGCGAAGACGUUUGCCUUCGCGCCGUUUGUUGGAUGAUGCUGAUAUGUAUAACAUACACAAAUCGUUGCUGGGACGCUCACCAGCAACCAAAUAUGGAAACUGUUCAAACAUAAAAGAAACCUGCGCAGCCUACAUCACGCCCAAUUAUAUGCGCGUCAAUGGAAAGUUGAAAAGUGGUAAACACUUUGAAAGAAAGCGCUCAACAACAACAACAGCCACGACAAGCAGCUGCUGCGCAAAGGCAUUUUGCGCGUAGUUAUCAGCUGCUUAUAGAAUGCAAUGACAAUCACUACGCUAGCACAAGUGCUAACGCGCAGCGCGUUUAGACAGACAUUAUGUUACACAGAUGCAAUGCAAUUUAAGUUAAAUACUUCGUUAAUUUAGAAUUAUAAACGCUCAUUAUAUUGCUUAUAUUAUGGGGGUCGGAUCAUUUAGAGACCAAAAAAAGCCGUGUUUUUUGAAUAACAAGUAGACAAAUCAUUCAAAGGGUAUCAAUGCAUAUAAAUAUCUAGUUAAUUUCUAUACUUUUUUACUCUAUAUGAAUCCAUGAUUGAGUUAUAGAAGGUUGUGUCAAAAGCAUUUUAAAUCUUAAUAUCAAAAUUGGCUGUUUUGUUUAUUUUUAUGAUACAAAAAUAUAUUUUCCAAACAUUCCAGUCAAUGAAAAUGUGUUUUUGAGUGAUAACUGUAUACCAAUUGUUGUAAAUCACACAAACACGUCAAAAUCUAAACAAGAAAUUCGAGAAAAAAGCAACAAAAAAGUUUUUCUGAUAUUAUGGAUUAAAUUCUUUUGUAAGAGAAAGCAUACUUCGGAAGAACACAGCCCGUAUAUAGUUGAAUCAUGGUUUGAACUUUGUAACAUAUUUUCAACUUAAAAUUUGUACAUAUUUUCACCUAUGAAAAUUAUUCGGAUCUCUGGUUCACAUAGAACAUUUUUUCAUAUCUCAGAUUGAUAGGUGCGAUACAUGGUUUCCAGACAACGCGCUUCAAAGUUUUGACAAGCUACUGACACGUGGUCAACGCGCUUUUCAAUUACAUGAAAUUUGUUUUUAACGACUUCGAAAUCAAAUCUAAUUUUGUCUAAUAAGAAAAAAAAGAUUUUUCCGAUUUAAAUGAACUAAACCCCUUAACAAAAAAAAAAAAGAUUUAUCUGUUAGUUGUUAGUUUUUAAGUAAUUGUUAAAUUAAAAAAUAGAAAUAUAUACUCAAGUAAUGUAAUUGCUAUUGAUUCAUAUAAUUUAACAGUAACAUUGAAUAUUAAUCAUGUUAUAUUAUUUAUAUAAAAAUUAAAUAUCAAAUUAAUUACGGUAGUUGGUGUAUAUUCGUUCAGUUGUACAAUUGUUAUAAAUUCCCAAAAUUGUAUUACUUGAGACCUUUUGCCAUUCAUACAAUACAUAUGUUGCAGCUUUACUGAAAUGUAAGAAUUACUUUAAUACUAAGUUUGAUUUAAAGUAUAUAUUUAAGUUUUAUAAAAAGUGAAACAAACCCAGAUAUUACAUUUUGUUUUCGUAUGAGUUCAUUGAAUUUCUUAUAUUUCAAUAAAACUGCACAUCAUAAAGAAUAUUUAAUGCAUUCUAAAAUAUUAUAUUACUAUGAUAUAUGAAUAGUCUUGAAUUCAGUUAAAUAUCAUUUAUUUUUACUUGAACGACGCAUUUUAGACAGGGGAAAACAAUUUAAAACCAAAACAAAAAAAAAUUUACAAAUAAAAAAGUUUUUCAUACAAAAACAUUAUCUUGAUCGGCCAGUUUGUAUGACCGUACAUAUGUAUGUGCUGCAGUGGUCCAAUCUGAAAAAAAUUUGUUCGAAGAGUGUAGUGUUACCCUGGACCUACAUACAAGCAAAAAUUAAAAAAGUUUUUCAAAUCAAAUCACGUUUUUGAUCGUCCAAUUUGUAUGCCAGCUAUAUGCUAUAGUGGUCCGAUAUCGGCUGUUCCGACAAAAAACAGCAAUCCGAAACCCAAAAGUCGUUUUUCACACGAAAUCAGCCUUAGCACUCAAUUAAAGCUAAACAUCUGCCAGGAAUAUCAAGUCGAAACUACACUGACGACAGCCGUCACAAUGCUCACAUACACAGUGCGCAACAAACAAGCAUUCGAUUCAUUCCACCACUUAUUACAUACAAUGUGCUACUUAAAAACAAAAUAAAUACGAAUUUGUUUUAUUUUAUUUUUUUAUUAUAAACUUAGUAAAACAAUUUAACAAAUCAUAAAAACUAAAAUAGUAUUUCGACAACAAUGGAAGAAAUUUAACAUUUAAACUUAAAAAAUGUGGAAAUAAAUAAAAACAACACAUAUUGGUGCAUGUUUUCGAAAGGUA